AUUGUUCAAGCUUCUUUUCUACGUAUAUUCGACGUCGAUGAUUUUUUUUCGUCAUUACCAAGCCUCUUUUCGACUAACUGUAGCUUUCAUUUCAACGGCGGGGUUCGCUUGACUUCAUCGAAAGCGCAUUUGUGUUUGCUGUCCAUGUAAACGUAGUCAUUGUCAUUUCCAAAUCGGUGAAAAUGGGUUGUGUGGGUACUGAAGGUGUCCCCUUUGCAGACUCUUUAUGUUAAUAAAAUGUGAACACCUUUUUUAUGUUCAUUUUUUUUGUAUGAAGUUAAAAGUGCAAUUCUUACUGUGAAAUCUCCAAAUGUCAAAAUCACAGCAUGAAUUUUUCUUGGUUGUUCCUUGAAGUAUUGGUGUCUUAAUUUGGUAUUUUGGAGGUAUAUUUGAGCAUGUUUAUCAAUUAUUGAGUGUUCUAAAGUGGUUCAAUUUAGCAAAGUGUCACAAAUUCUGAGAUGUAAUGAAAUGAUAAAAUUAACCUAGAACUGCUGUUUUUUUUUUUCAUUUAUAUGUGCUGUACUUUUAUGUAUUUCACAGAAUGGAAUGCCAGGCAGGAAAUUUAAAAAAAAAAAAAAAAGAGAUGCCCAAAAGAUCACGCGUCCCACCGAAGAAGAUGAGAUUUUAUGAACCAGGCUCCAGCUCACCCAAAGAUGACUAGGAUGGUCUUUUUGUAUUUUUGACAUUUGAAGAUGGAUACACUGCAAAAAUUUUUAAGGUCUGUGAUGUUCUAACCAAAGAUGAUAAACCCAUUACUUGCUUCAGAGAUCUGAAACCAGGUGAUGUAGUACUAGCAAGAUGGUCUGACAACAAGUUCUACAAUGCCACAGUGGACUACCCUGGAACAGCUGACAAGACAGUGGAUGCCAAGAAGGGCUCAAAGAAGGACAUUAAAAAAAGAGAUGCAGCUGCUCAGAGAUUCUAUAAUCUCCAAUCAUUGCCUCAAACCGUUCAGUCCACCUCUGCACAGCAAUACCAAAAAUCUGUGGAGCGCAGCGUCAUUAACCCUCCACCUACCCAGUCAUCUCCACCUCCUGGGCCACAGUACCAGUCUCCACCUCCUGGGCCAGAAUACCAGCCUCUAUACAUCCAGCCUCUCCACCACUAUCCAACCACUCCUCCACCUCUUUGCUACAGCCAUCCUCCGUAUCACCAGCUUCACACUGUACAGCUUUGGCCUCCAGACCAAUUGCAACACCUGCCUGUUUUGGUGGAUUUGGAUCAGCAACAGAAAUCAACAACCCCAAAUAACACAACAGCAAAAGAAAGCUUUCUUAGAAUGUUGUACAGUCCCACUAUACCCAAGAGAUCAUCUGAUCUUCAUACUGAAGAGAGUCAGGCUAGUACAUCUGAAUUUGAGAGUUCAUCAAGCUCAGGCUCAUCUGCAGAUACUUGUAUCAUUGAGCGUGAUCCACUACCAGAAUAUGGCGAACCAUGUAUGAGAACUGAAUUAAGAGAAGGCAGAGCAUGGAAGCCAUGCAAGGCAUGUCAGUCAGAGGUGGCAAAAUUAAUUGAGGAGAAGGGGAAACUGGACGAUGUGCUGUGUAGUAUCAGUGGUGAACAACUUGAGACAUUAAGGUGCUUUCUGGAGACAGUGGAACAGAUACAACCUCAGGCUGCUGUUAUGGCUACAAAAACCAGAUCUGGGAAGCAAGAGCUGUAUCCGGAUAGUGGCCUCUUUCUGUCCUCUACCCGCUUGGCUGCAGUCCAUGCAGAGGCAAGGAAGGACUGCCUUCGCUUAUUCCAUCUUCUUUUUGAUGAAUUCUUCAGUGCAGUAGAGUGCCAAAAUGCAGUGGCAUUUGGAAAACACAGAAAGGUGCCAGAAGGGAAAGCAGUCCUGGACAAGUCCAAAGUCGAUGGGAUUCUAACCUACAUUAUGUGCUGUGGCACACUGGAUGGAUGGACACCAGUUGAGAAAACUAAGGUCAAAAAAGCCUUGAUAAACAAAUGCCGCAUGAGGGCCACAAAGUAUAAAUUCUUGAAUGUUUAACACCAGAGGGAUGGACAUUUGUUGAAAAAGUCCUCACAUACAAAUGUUGCAUGAGGAACUUAAAGACUGUAAGUUGCCAAAUAUUGUAUGUUGUACAGCUGUGCUGAACACUGUUCUAAAUACAUAAUCAUAGUGAGAAGAUGCACAUUUAUAGUUCAGAUUUUAUAAAUGAUGAAUGGGACAAGUUCUUGCUGUCUUACAAAUUUUAACCUGUUAUUACACAGCUAACUAAAAUACUACAUUGUGAUUGUUGUUUUUAUUAUUAUUAUUAUUAUUAUUAUUUCACACUCGAAACCAUGAGGGUGUAGCAUACUGCAAAACUCAAGUAUAUUUGUAUCAUUUCUAUCUCUCAGUUCUUCAGCUCUCAAUUUACCAAUCUAUGUACACUACCAGUCAAAAGUUUGGACACAUUUUCUCAUUCAAGUGAAGGGGAAAUCGUGUCCAACCUUCUGACUGGUAGUGAAUCAAUCAUCUAUUGUCACAAGCUAGUGAGGGUGGCUAGAGUGUGCUGCUGUUCCCUCACUCGCGCUCAAAGUGAUAUUACGAGAUGAGCUAGACCAGGACUAGCUUGUUCGGGAUAGCCAGUACCUGUUAUUGUACCUUAAAUACAAUCUGAAGAGAUCUCCAUUGUCUCAUUUUUUUGUCAAGGUUAUAGCCCUGUCAUUGUGGGGGGGAUCAGUAAUAUGCAGGGCAUUGCUCUGUGUUGUUGUGUAGGGUAAACUUGGCCAUUUUAAUAAAGAGUUCAUUUGUUUCAGCAUUUGUGAAAUUGUCCUUGCAUGGGGAAGUGUGUAUAUAUAGUAACAGGAGAAGUGUAUGUAUGCGCGCGCGCGUGUGUGUGUGUGUGUGUGUGUGUGUGUGUGUGUGUGUGUGUGUCAAAUGCAUGCCUCACAUACAUUUCCAUAGUAGCUCUAGUACUGCUCAUUUUCUUCUCCUAAGUUCAAGAAAUGAGCCAUCAAUGAGACUGAGCAAGGUAUCUCCCUCAAGUCUCAACUAUGACUCCUGCUGCUAAUUGCUCGUCUCACCUAUUUCUCCUAGUGAAUUUUAGGAGCAUCAUAUGAGAAAGAGGUCAGACAACAUUGAAACUAAAAUGAGGCUGAAAUGAGAAUCACAAUUUUGUCUCCUGAGCUGUAGAAGAGUAACCAUUGAGCAAUAAAAUUUUCCUCUGGGAUCUCUCUUCCCCUUCUGCACAGUUAUUUUUUUAAAAUAAUUUUUAAAAAAAAUUUAACACAGCAAUGCGUGGCCUGCAGCAAAAAAAAUAAAACAGUGCUGGGAGCAAAAACCUGUGCAAAGAUUGUCCGAGUAAAAGCCCCGCAGUUCGCCUUGCCUGCCUCUUCUCCUAUACCCUGGUGGAUAGGACUUGAAAAGGGCUCUGCACUCCAAGCAUUCAGUGAUGCUGUACAUCUGGCUGAACUCUUUACGGUAGUGCUGAGAGAAACUCUUCCA